UGGUUCUAGUGCCAAGUAGGCGUUAAACCGGAAGUGCAAUGCAAAUCUAGCGCUCUUUCGCCUAUAAAACCUCCUGCGCUUCACAAACUGCUUCACUCUAAACAAGUUUUCCAUCAAUUCGAUUGAGAUAGCAGGAUUGCGAUGAUGCAGCUCUAUCAAGUUGUGUCUCUUUUCUGCUUGCUUGCAAGCGGUGCCUUCGGAAUUCGCCUCGUAAACAACGGAUACAGAGACGUUGUGGUUGCCAUAAACAGAGAUGUAGAGGAGGACGCCUCCCUCGUACAAACAAUCAAGAAUCUCUUCAAUGAUGCGUCUCCUGUCCUCUACCGUGCAACUAGAAAGCGUGCUUACUUUGACCAAGUGACUAUUGUCGUACCCGAGACGUGGAAAGAUAAAUCUGAGUAUCUUGCGGCCACGGCAUACGAAACGUACAGCAAUGCAAAAGUCAGAAUCAAUCCUCCUGAAGUGAUAGGAGGCGUUGAGUCCAACAGGUAAGAAAAACAUCGACCAUUUGGUAGACUGUUG